AUGAGUGAUUCAGCUCUUUCACUAUACAUUCUCAAUGUUGGACAAGCUGAUUUCAUCUUUGCCAUAAAGAAAGACUUAGCGCUUGUUAUUGAUUGUGGGCCUAGAGAUUCUAUCAUAAACCAGGAAAAUACCGACGCUUCUGAUAAAGAUCAUCUUACGGACUUUCUUAAAAAUAUAAUAGACAAUCUCAAUUUUGUCACCAUUAUUGCCACCCACAGAUAUGAUGAUAAUCAAAACUGCUUAAGUGAGCUUCAAACCAUGAUACAAGAUGCAGGAAAGGCUCAUAUUACAGUUAAGUCGUUUGAAGGAAACUCUCAAUCAUUCAUCAAUAAUGAACUUUCCAAUUCAUUGGGCGAUGACGUCAUUAUCACAUCUUUAAUUCCACAAAAUUUUUACGAACAUCGUUUAGUACUGAAGAUCUCUUUUGGUGGAAAAAAUAUCUUAAUACCGGGUAAGGCUUCUGAAUAUCUGCUUGAACAAUUACAGGAUCAAUUUGGCGAUAUCGAUAUAUGUUUAGUGGCAAAACCCAACAAUAUUUUGAAAUUAUUCGAUUUAAUUCCAAAAAGGGAUGGAAUUCCUUUAUUAAGCAUUAUGUCAAGCAAAAGUCCUCCGAUUUACAUUCCUGAUAGAGAAACCUUUGAUAUAACGUUUUGGACUAUGCAAUCAAAUCAUGGAAUACCUAUUUUAGAAAUGAACAAAUCUAUGAUUUGUGACUUUCACAAAGUAUUUGUAUACAAUAUUUUCCAGGAUAUAUAUUUUAAUUCGCCUGCAGUCUUCAAUAAGAAUAAUCAAAUCUGCAUUAUUCCUACGUUCUCUACAAGUGAAUUAGCAACAGGUGAUUAUUACAAUAUCGAAAUUCAAAUGGAGCAUGAUAAUGUCGCAUCAAUAUCCAUGUAUACAAAUGCAAGCAGACUUUUGUAUUAUUUUGGAAAGCCUACUAAUUCAGUGAACAUUACUGAUGUCUGGAGAAAUUGCUUAUCAGGAAUUACAAAACACACAGCGGAUUUUGCCAAAAAAAGAAAGGAUUUCAUAGCGACAAAUGAUUGUACAUUUGUAUUUCAUAGAUGUCCACUUUUGGAUGAAUUGGAUCAGGAAAUAACAGUUUUACGAAAUCUUGAAAAGUUGGGAUUUAUCAGUGGAUUGAUAUUAAAUUCAUAUGAUUUAUUAAGAGAUAUUUCAAACAGCACUGGUAUCACAGAAUCAAAGAAUGAAUUUGAAGAUUUGUUAUGGCAAGUCGAUGCUUUUUGCUCCUAA